AUGAAGAAAGCUGGGGAUUUCCUCUCACUGCUGAACAACCGCGAUCUUCUAAAAACCCCUUCCGGAAAUCCCAUUGUCAAUUUCCUGGUGAAGCCAAUGAGUGUGGAGAUGACUACGGCGGAUAAGCUUAUCACAGGUGCCCGGCGCCAGCGGAUGAUGGAGCUCUUCGAACAGGAUCGCGCCUGGGAAGCCGCCGAGUUGUCCCGAUUUGGAUUGAGUUGCAUCAAGGCCCCGGAUUGCUACCCCUGCUGCACUCCAUUCGAAUGCUCGAAAGCCAAGUUUUAG